CUGACGGCGGCGGCGCGGCGGCGGCGGCGGCGGGCGCGGGCGGCGGGCGGCGGGCGGGGGAAGAUGGCGGAGCUGGGUAAGAAGUACUGCGUGUACUGCCUGGCCGAGGUGAGCCCGCUGCGCUUCCGCUGCACCGAGUGCCAGGACAUCGAGCUGUGCCCCGAGUGCUUCUCGGCCGGCGCCGAGAUCGGCCACCACCGCCGCUACCACGGCUACCAGCUGGUGGACGGCGGGCGCUUCACGCUGUGGGGGCCCGAGGCCGAGGGCGGCUGGACCAGCCGCGAGGAGCAGCUGCUGCUGGAUGCCAUCGAGCAGUUCGGCUUCGGAAACUGGGAAGACAUGGCUGCUCACGUGGGCGCUUCCCGGACCCCCCAGGAAGUGAUGGAGCAUUACGUAAGCAUGUACAUCCACGGCAACCUGGGGAAAGCCUGCAUCCCUGACACCAUCCCCAACCGGGUGACAGACCACACCUGCCCCAGUGGAGGCCCCCUGUCUCCCAGCCUCACCACCCCCUUGCCUCCCCUAGACAUCUCGGUGGCCGAGCAGCAGCAGCUGGGCUACAUGCCGCUGCGGGACGACUAUGAGAUCGAGUACGACCAGGACGCCGAGACGCUCAUCAGCGGGCUCUCGGUCAACUACGACGACGACGACGUGGAGAUCGAGCUGAAGCGCGCGCACGUGGACAUGUACGUGCGGAAGCUCAAGGAGCGGCAGCGGCGCAAGAACAUCGCGCGCGACUACAACCUGGUGCCGGCCUUCCUGGGCAAGGACAAGAAGGAGAAGGAGAAGGCGGCCAAGCGCAAGGUCACCAAGGAGGAGAAGGAGCUGCGGCUGAAGCUGCGGCCGCUCUACCAGUUCAUGUCCUGCAAGGAGUUCGACGACCUGUUUGAGAACAUGCACAAGGAGAAGAUGCUGCGCGCCAAGAUCCGCGAGCUGCAGCGCUACCGGCGCAACGGCAUCACCAAGAUGGAGGAGUCGGCCGAGUACGAGGCGGCCCGGCACAAGCGGGAGAAGCGGAAGGAGAACCGGAACACGGGCGGCUCCAAGAGGGGCAAGGAGGACGGCAAGGACGGCGAGUUCGCCGCCAUCGAGCACCUGCCGGGCUUCGAGCUCCUGUCGGACCGCGAGAAGGUGCUCUGCAGCUCCCUGAACCUGAGCCCGGCGCGCUACGUGACGGUGAAGACCAUCAUCAUCAAGGACCACCUGCAGAAGCGGCAGGGCGUCCCGGCCAAGAGCCGCCUGCCCGGCUACCUGGACAAGGUGCUCAAGAAGCGCAUCCUCAACUUCCUCACCGAGAGCGGCUGGAUAUCCAGGGACGCCUCCUGAAGCGCACCCCGCUUUGCGGGUGGAACCAGGCCGAGAGCUUGUGAGCCAAGACGACGGGGCGGGGGGGCGCCUUGGUCCCCGUCGUUGCUCUUUUAAAACAGAUUGCGUGUGCGGGGCGUCAGUUCUUCGUGUGGUCCCGAGGCAGCAAGAGCCUCAGGCUGACGUGGGAUCGCGGGGGAGCCAGACCCGCCUGCUGCACCUCGGCCUAGAAGGAACACCCCAAGAGGGCGCUGUGCCGCCUCGCCUCCGGUUUGAGGACUGUGAUGACGCUGGCGAAUUUUCUUUGCGACCUUCUUCCCUCGGGUACCCGCAGUUGUGCCGUGGGGGGAGGGGCACCUCUCCUUGUCGGCCCCGCCAGCUGCCAGCCUCACCUGUGACCUGAGCUUGGGCCGCGCCUCCUGCCGCCCAGGCACCUGGCACAGCCCCGCACGUGGCACUUUAGGUGGGGGCGGGGCCGGGCCGCUGGACGUGAGGCUGAGGACGGGGCCCCAGAGGAGGGAUCCGGUGUGGAACCCAGGGGACGGAUGAGCUCCCCCUCAGACCACUGGCGGGGGUGGUUGCAGCCUGAAGCUCCCCGGCUCGCUUCCUGGGGGGCAGAGCUGGCGGGCUCGCUGUGGGAGUGGCGAGUCUGGGUGCUUUGGGGGAGGGGGGGACCAGCCGCCCCUCCUGGGGGUGCUUUCUGCUACUCUUAGAACCUGCAGUGCAUUUUAUUUGCAUUUUACUUUCUCCUUUUAGCAAGUUCAAGGCUGAGAGUUCCGGGUUCUGGCGUGAGCUCCCUCCAGGGCUUUCGCCCCAGGGGCACUUAGCUCUUUCACCGAGAGUCCGGCCCAGCGUCUCCGGCUUCUUUGGGCGGGGGUGGGAGGGGCCUCGAGGCCUGGGCUCUGCUCACUGCGUCUGGGUCUUGAACCAGACUCGGACGGACGUGGCUUUGCCCAGGCCUCUUCAGAAAGGUAUUCAGGAAUCUGCGCGGUACCUUCCUUCUAGAACUGGAGGAGUCUUUUUGUCUUCAGACUGCUCAAGGCCAAAACCCUGCUUUCAGACCCAGCACUCCACCCAUCCCUCCCAGAGCUCAGCCUGCCUCCUCCCUCCCCCAGAGCCACCCAGACUGCUCACCUCCCAGAAGGUUUGGGCUUGAAGUUACAUUAAAGUGAAGUUAUUUGAAAGAAAAAGAAACCUCAUCAUUUCCAAGGACGACUUAAUUACCGUGCCUUUUCCUUUCUUUUGACGUCCUUAGGGUAAGUUUGACGUCCCUUAGGGUAAGUUUUCCACCAUUCAACAAACAUUUCAAAUGCGCUGUAUAUGGCUUGAGUGGGAAACUGCAUUGCAUGCUGGCAGAGGAGGGCUCCCUGGGACCCAGAGAGCCCGGGACUCCGCUGACCAGAGGAAACAGCAAACGGUGUUACUGCUGGGGGCCACCUCCACUGUCCCUGCAGGGUAACUGGCAGAGCUGGUACUGUCCACCACCGCCGAGCAGAGAUGGAGACGGUGCUAAGUUUUUACAGGUGUUUCAGCCAGUGGUUCUCCCCUGGGGUUUAGCAGCACCGUGUCCCCAGGGAACCUACUACAAGUGCAGGCACUCAGGUCCUGCUCGGUCCUCCUGGGUCCGAAGCGCCAGCGCUGGGGCACGCGUGCCGCUGUUUGACAAGCCUUCCAGGUAGAGCUGGAGAACCACUGGCUUGAGCUACUCUGGUGUCUUCAUUGAUUUUCUACAGCAGAUUCCUAGUUUGGUGAGGUUUUAAAUUUAGUUUUAUUUUUAUAUAAAACAAUGGCCAGACUUUCAUUAAGCUUGAGAAGCAAAAGCUCCCUGUAAAUGUGCGUGGCCCUGGCCGAGAACUGUCAAGUGAAAAAAAUUGGAAGUUUAAGCAGGUUUUCAGUGUGCGUAUCUUUUUGAUGGUAUGAAGAAUUUACUUAGGCCUGACUGUUUUUAAACACCAUGAUGAAUGUAUAAUUUAUGUUAAAGUAUUAACACUUCUGUUACAAGGGAAAAAACUUUAUGAUUGCUGUCACAUUAGUCCUUACUCUCCUGUUAGCUUGGAACCUUUAAAUUUCUAUAUUUAAUUCUCAUGUUAAAUUAGUCUCCAUAAUCCCAUGAAAUUAGGUAUUUUCGAAAUUUAAACUCUGAGUCAAAAGUUAGAUAAUUCAGCUGUUCAGAAUAACGCUCUGGAUGGCCAGCAUUCUGAGAAUGUAUUAAAACCAAACCUCCGCCUACGGUUAUUCCUCUUUUACACAUUAAACAGGUUGAGAACCAAA